AUGGAUGAUAUUAAAUAAUUUAAAUUAUUAAAAUAAUGCCAAGACACUCUUCCAGCUCAAGUAGAAGCCAUAGAAGUAAAUACCCUUUAUAUUAAUUCUACCCUAGAGAAGCAUAGUAAAAAGCACCGAAGACAUUCAAGUUCUUCUUCUUCGUCGUCGGAUUCCUCCUCAGAGCGUCAUCAUUCCAGGAGAAAAAGAACCCAUCACCACCGUCGUUCAAGGUCUCCUCGCCCACGUUCUUCGAGUCCUAUCAAGAAGGUGUUAAUCAAUGUAAGCAUUCCAAUCCUAUAUUAGAAGCCCAUUUAAUCCAUAUCAAGCGUAGAGUCAAUCAAAGAAUAUAGGGCCUAACACAAUAUCUUCAUUCGUUCACAACAUGUAACUGUCCCAGAUCCUAUCAUGAGAUUUGAGGACGUUUAAUGUUUCCCACAGAUGUUGAUGGACUUACUGUUGAAGGCCGGUUUCAAAGGACCCACUGCCAUUUAAGCCCAAGGAUGGUCGAUUGCACUAACUGGACAUGACCUCAUUGGAAUAGCGCAGACGGGUUCUGGCAAAACUCUAGCCUUCCUUUUACCAGCGAUCGUCCACAUUUUGGCAUAAGCUAGAUCCCAUGAUCCCAAAUGUUUGAUAUUGGCUCCUACAAGAGAAUUGACAUUACAAAUAUAUGAUCAAUUUUAAAAGUUCUCUGUGGGAUCUUAGCUUUAUGCAGCAUGCCUUUAUGGAGGACAAGAUCGCUACAUAUAGAAGAGCCAAUUACGUAAAGGCCCUUAAAUUUUGAUUGCUUGUCCAGGUCGUUUGAUAGAUCUAUUGGAUUAGGGUUGUACCACCCUCAAAUAGGUUAGCUUCCUCGUUCUCGACGAGGCUGAUCGUAUGCUCGACAUGGGUUUCGAACCACAGAUUCGUAAGAUUGUUGAUCAGAUCCGUCCCCAAAGAUAAACUAUGCUUUUUUCUGCAACUUGGCCAAAGGAGGUGCAAAAGUUAGCACUUGACUUUUGCAAACAAGAGCCAGUCCACAUUCAAAUAGGAAAUGUGGAACUAACAUCUAAUAGAAUGAUCAAGCAAAUAGUCUACGUGAUGAAAGCAAUAGAUAAAAAUUAAAGGUAUAAUCAAACUAUUGAUGGUGCAAAUAUUUAUACAAGAUCAUCAAUAUCUUUGUUGCUCUAUUUGUUGAAGGACAUAGCACAUAAAAAAAUAUUAAUCUUUUGUUCCACAAAGAAGGGAUGUGACUAACUUCAAAAGACUCUAGACAGAGAAGGAAUUCGAUGUCUCGCAUUACAUGGAGAUAAGAAGCAAACGGAGAGAGAUUAUGUUAUGAGUCAUUUCAGAAAUGGAAGAUCGACUGCCCUUAUUGCAACUGAUGUGGCAUCAAGAGGAUUAGACAUUAAAGACAUAGAAGUUGUUGUCAAUUACGACAUGCCAAAAGUAAUUGAGGAUUAUGUCCACAGAAUCGGAAGAACUGGUCGUGCUGGAGCUAUUGGCUAAUCAAUUUCAUUCUUUGCUUCUGAUGAAGAUGUCAGAAUGGCCAAAGAUCUAGUUGAAAUACUUAGGGAAUCCUAAAAUGAUAUUCCUUAUGAAUUAAGAAGUUUGAUAGAUCAAAAUACCAAAGGAAAUAAUUACAAUCCUUAUAGAAGAUGGAAUAAUUCAGGAUAGAGACACAUGCCAUAGCCUUUCAUGUAACAUCAGCAUUAAAAUUAAAAUUCAAAUUAAAAUCAACAUCAGCAUCAACAUUAACAUUAACCAUCUCAAUACCCAUCCUAAUGGUAAUUUUAAGCAUUCAAUCCCCAAAUACUUUAGUCAAUAAAUCCAUAUCAAAUUUGAUGUUUCAUAAAUCCAUAUUAUAUAAAUUAUUAUUUAGUU